AAUCUUUCAGUUCAAUAUUUGUCUUAAUUUCUGUGGUGAUUUGGUAGUGGUGAACUCAGUUGGUGUUUGUCAUAAUUAUAAGUUAUUCGUUGUGAUUAAAGAAUAAACCGUCAUGGCGAACCUAAAGUCGGAUUUAGACGAGUAUUUGCUUCAAAAUGAGAACCGUCGAAGUUACAAAAUUAGUUUACCAUUCUCUACUCCCAGUUUCUUCUCCCGAAGCAAUGAAGAAACGCCUACGAGUAGUUCUAGUAAUGGAAGCUGGUUUCAAGAAGUGCAAAAAGAGUAUUUCACAUUAAGUCGCACACAAAGGUUCAUGGGUUUCGGAGUAUGCCUUUUCUUCGGUAUCCUGUGCUUCAUCCUGUCAUUCCUCUACAUUCCCAUCCUGAUUCUGCAGGCGCGGAAGUUUGCUCUCCUCUUCACACUUGGAAGCUUGUUCUUCAUACUAAGCUUCAGCUUCCUCUAUGGGCCCUGGUCUCACUUGAAGUCACUCUUCUCAAAGGAGCGAGCCCUCACAACCCUGCUGUACGGCUCUACACUAAUAGCAACACUGUACUGUGCACUGCAUCUACAAAGCACGCCACUAACUAUUGUCUGUGCUGUGCUGCAAGUCAUUGCUCUACUCUGGAUGAUGAUGGGCUCCAUCCCGGGAGGCUCCACAGGUGCUAGGUUCUUCGGAAGCAUGUUUAAGUCAUCAGUGUCCAGUACACUGCCAAUAUAACAAAUGAGUGAUGUGUUGUUAUUGUGUAUGUGUAUUAUAGGGGAAUUUACUGCUAGCUUUGAUUACGAAACAUGUCUACAUGCAUUAUGUUUGUAAGCUAUUGAGACACACUGAACGAGUGCAUAUGGAAUUUGUUGGACAACUAAUUCAUUUUUAAACUGAACUGGUGCUAUUUACUGGUAUACUAUCAUCAAGUUAUGACUUAAGACAUGGACAUGUAAGGCUAAGUAAAUGCGACCUAAUGAUGAGGAGAGACAAGUUUUGGUUCUCAUUUAUGUUUGAAAUUGCUGUCUGUUAAACGGCUCUGGCACAAUAAAAGGUGAUAAGCUAUAAUGAAAUUUGGGGAUGGGAUUCCUAUUAGAAUAAUAUUUAAUAAUAAUAUUAGCAAUGACUCUGGCUCCCAAACUUCAGUGGAAUAUGACUGCCUUCGGACUUUUUUAUACAACUUAUUUUCAUAAUUUUCUAAACUUUGACUUUUAAAAUAUGCUCAAGCAGCUUGUAGCUAGGUCUGUAUACACAAUUGUGAUAGGAUAAAUAUGUAACCAAUGAUUAACUUUUAAAUUAAUUUUGUAUCUGCUGUUAAGCUUAGAAACAAAUUAAAAGUGGAUAAAUUCACUAAGUGGGACUUGAACCCACGACCACUGGAUAACAGGACAGUGAAUUUUUCCACUUUUAAUUUGUUUCUAAACUUGAUUAACUUUUAGUUGUUAUACUUUGAUUUAAUUAUUUAUUAUUCUUGCCUAUGAAUGUAUUUUAUUUUCAAGUUAAAGUGGGCACAAAUUGUUCCUAGUGAAGGUUUAUUUUUAUUUUAUUGUUCGUUAGUGUACCUAUUAUCUGUCAACAUACCUCCUAAGCUUGUACUGUUAAGGCGCGAUUCCACUAGUGUGCGGCACAAGCAUUAAGGUGAAACUGGACCUUUCGGGCGCUCUCGUCUCCGCUCGGCUCAGCGUUGCUUUGAGCAAUUAUUAAGGUUGGCUAAACUUGACGAUCCUUUGCAUGCACAAGCACAGAUAUGAUAAUCAGCUAAAAUUUGAUAACCCUAAUUAGCCCACAGGGAUACCAUACAUUAGACGCCAUACAUUAAAAAGGGACAGCAUGAUUCGUCCCUGAAUUGGCGUCAAACCACAGAAUAAAUAAUAGUACUAGGUACAGAAGACUCGCUCUCUAACAAAACGCGUCUGUUACGAUCAGGACAGAUAUGGCCGCUAGGUGGCAACAGCGCCACGCGCGGCUUAUGGCUAGCCACCAAAAUUGGUGUGAAACGGAUGUACUUUUAGCUACGUGUAGCAAAGCGACGAAAUCGCGGAGUGAGCCACGCCUGGUCAAACUUCGGUUUUGUAGGAAGAGGAAGUUUAAUUUCUGUACAAGUAAUAUGUACUAUUAUUCUGUGGCACAAGCUUUUUUGUACUGAUUAUGCUCGUGCCGCACACUGGUAUAAAAAGAGAUAUUUUGGCCGCACCAAUGUCGCGGUCCGGUACGUUACGAAGCAAUCGCGAUAAGGCUACAACCUUUCGAGACAAAUAUCGCAACUCGAUAUGUCGGAAGUGAAGUUGUUAAAAAUAUGUAACCGACAUUUAAUUUUCGUUUGUAAAUUUUAUUAUAAUAAUUAAUGGAUUAUUUAGAAUGUAUUUUUUUUUCUUAAUAGGGAAUAUUAGGCAAAGCUCUGCGUAGGUGGCACCAUUGUGGCACAUACAGUAAACAAACCACAUUGACACAUGGCCUACCGCGAAACAAGAAAAUCGAAAUUUCGUUAUCUAAUCUCUCUAUCACUCUUGCAUAUUCGAGCGAUAAAGAGGCAGAUAACUACAUUUCGAUUUUCGCGUUUACCGGUAGGCCCUUGUUAACAAACCGCCUUGAUGCAUCGAUGUCAUAUUUUAUUGUCUGUGAAAACAUGUCAAAAAACAGUUUAAGGCACAGUAUGUAUAAGUUAGUCUAUGAAUUUACUGAGUCGGUAGUGCUGCACUCUGGCGGCAGAACAUUGCAGUAAUAUCCCCUAUUAGAGACUAAUAGAAACAUAGUUAACAGAUGAUAACGUCGUGAAACGUAA